AUGUCUACUUCAACUUUCCUAAGAAAUUGGACAAGAAAGUGCACCAAAAACCUCCUCUCUGCCCCAAAUUUUGUUGUGUUUUCAUAUCUCGACUUUCUUGACUCAGUUUUCUGUGUCAUAAACAAAUAUCUUGAUGAGUUCUUUGAAGGGAAGGCCACGCCAUGUUACUGCAUAACCAAGAGUGAGAUCAAUGGGAGCAAUGGGAAAGGUAGUGCUUAUAAUGAGGAAAUUGGGAUGUCAGAGACUUUGCAUGGGAGGAAAAAGAAAUUGAAGGAAUUAAUUUCUUUGCUUCAAUUUGUGGAAAAAUUGUUGAAACAACAGAAAGGUGUUAAAUCUGGGUAUAGUUUCAGGAACCAAAAGAAGGCUGCUGUCCAUAGUUUGGGACAUAGGUGGUCUGAUUGUGGAUGUGAUUCUUGCAUCUCCUGGAUGAAAACUGAUGAUCACAAGCUUUAUGUUGUGGUGGAGGAGACUUCUUCACAAGGCGUUCGAAAGGAUUCCGAGGGAAACCCAUCGGAGAAGGUGAUAUUCAUACAUGGCAUUCUCAGUUCUUCCUCGUUUUGGACAAAAACGGUUUUCCCAACGCUAUCUGAAUCAACGAACAGCAAGUACAGCUUGUUUGCGGUUGAUCUUCUGGGAUUUGGGCAAAGUCCAAAGCCAAGGGACUGUCUAUACACCCUGAAAGACCAUGUGGAAUGGAUUGAGAAAUCUGUAAUCUCUCCAUUUCAAUUCGAUUCUUUCCACUUGGUUGCUCACUCUAUGGGCUGUAUAAUUGCAUUAGCCUUGGCUGCAAAGCACUCCAAAUCUGUCAAAUCCAUUUCCCUUGUAGCCCCUCCUUACUUUCCUUCAAAGGAUGGAGUGGAAUUCACAGUGAUGAAUUGCGUUACACCCAAAAGCCUGUGGCCGCCACAAGCGUUUCUGUCAUCCAUCAUGGCUUGGUAUGAACACUUGGGUCGAUGUGUCUGUUUAUUAAUGUGCCGAAACCAUAGGACCUGGGAGAGACUUAUUAAUGGACUCACUGGAUUAAGGAAUCUGGAUUUCAUGCUUUUAGACUUGACAAAGCACACCCAUCAUUCAGGCUGGCAUACCUUGCACAAUGUGCUGUUUAGGGGAGUAAAACUCAUGGACAAAAACCUGGAAACCGUGAUGCAAUCAAGAACAAAAGUCCAUGUAAUUCUUGGGAACAGGGACAAAUCUGUUCCACCGGAGUGUGGCAACAACAUUAAGAAGAAAUUCCCUGAUGUGGAGGUUAACAACAUUGCAAAUGCUGGCCACCGCUCUGUCAUCUUCACAAGAGAGAAAGAUUUUGCUCAGAAUUUGGUGCAGAUUUGGGAAAAUGCUGCAUCUGAUCAACAUAAUUAUCAAGUUUGA